UUCCACACAUCUUUUGCAACGGUUGCUGCAUCAGAGCGACUCACUAAUAUGGCAACCACCGGGAACGACCUUUACACGGACGACCCCGAGUACAUUGCAACCCCGCUAGUAUCCCCAGUCCCACCUCCACAGCUCACACCCCCAAGACUUCGAAACCGACAUGACAACGGAAGAGCACCUGUAGAUCGUGCAUUUCCGCCAUCGCCAGCAGUCUACAGGACGGAUAAAACUGUUGCUCACGAACAGUCUGUGCAAUGGAUGGUAUGCGACGCGAGUUUGGAAGAUGAUGAAUGGCUGCAGCACUUACGCAUUUUGGUGGAAGAGGUAGGAGAAACCGACUACAGCCGAUUUUGUGAGAAAACCAUUGUGGAGAACCUUGUUGCCGCAAAGGAGAAGCUGAAGGAUCUUGCACCGCAAGAUAUGUACAGAGCCAAGUCCCGAGCUAAUCCCUACCAAUGCCUGGGGAAAUCCAUCUUUGCAUAUCCAACUGCAGUCAAGAUGGCAAAUAUGGACGCUCUUUUUCAAUUCACAGACAUAAAUGCGCGAACGGGUACUGGUGAAUUACGAUUCGCUGAUUUAUGUUCAGGACCGGGCGGAUUCACAGAGUAUCUGCUCUGGCGAGCAAACGCGAGGGGAAUACCAAUCCGAGGAUGGGGAAUGACUUCACGAGGCAGACAGGAUUCUGCUCUGGACAGGAUGCAUCCAGAUAGUUGCGUGAAGCAACUAUUUGAACCAUUUUAUGGAGAUGGCACUGGCGAUCUGCGAAAAAACGAAAAUAUCCGCGGCUUUCAUGAGUUGGUUGAAUACGCGACGAAUAACGAGGGAUUAGAUCUCGUGAUGGCAGACAGCGGCGAAAUUGACAUUGCGGGCAAUCAAGAAUAUCACAUACGACAGCUGGUCUUGUGUCAAGUCUUGGCAGCGCUUUUGGUCCUGAGGAAACAUGGCGACUUUGUGAUGCAAAUUUUCGAUGUAUUUACGCCGUUCACUGUUGAUAUCCUAUACAUUCUCUAUCGAUGCUUUGAGAAAGUAACGAUAGUGAAACCUCUGGCGAGUCCACCUGAUACUGCUGAAAGGUACAUAGUUUGCCGUAAUCUACGUGUGCCACAUCCUCCCCGAAUUAUCGAACACCUCUUCGCCGUUAACGAUCGAAUGAACGAUCUGCGGGCACAUCAGGCAAAAGAUGCGUUGGAAGUUACGGGGCUAAUGGACAGGGACGCUGUUAACGGCGACGAAAAGUUCAUUGACCGUGUGCGGUCGGUGAACAUGAGACUUUGCAUCCGGCAAACCGAAGCUCUGCAGGAACUGCGAAAGUAUGCGGAUGAUCCAUCGCUCUCAUCUUUCGAUCAAAUAGAAGUGAGAAACAGAUGCUUACGAGAAUGGAAACUACCAAUCCCGGACCCCCCUCCACCGGAAAGGCAAUGGCAAGAGCGCCACAGUCACCAAGACCGCCGCUCGACUGAACGCUUCUCACCCUACGGCAGACGCGAUGGUGACAGGAGAAACUUUGGACGAAGUUCAUACAAUGGCCGCAGCGGCAGGGGAAUGGAUGGGCGCUAUCCUCAUGAGGAUAGAGCAACUUACAGAGAUGGAGGACAUCAUCGUGAUCAUCGUUGAACGGGGUGCACGCGGAGAUCAAGAGGGUCGGCUCAGCAGCCCUCUAUACACAACGAAAUGUAUCUGCCCACUCUGCCUCCCAUUGGUCCUGCGCAGGCCGCCACACUGCUAACUCUGUACAUAUGCCAAGCGGAUUACCGUGUUGUAUAAAGAAUAUAGAUACUAGAGGGUCGCUUUCUUCUGAUCCGGCUCAAAAGUUGAUCUAAAGACAUCC